AUGCAACCUAAGCAAUCUGCCACCGCAAGUCCAAAUCGACGACCUUCUUCGGAACACCCUUUUGGUCUCAAUGACUCAUACCUCCGCUCGUCAACCUCGGUGUCAGUUAAGAUGGAGCCUCAAGACUACUCCCCUCCGACGACGAUUGGCCUAGGCAUCGUGCCGGACGUUGCCUGUCUUCCGGUGACUCAGUCUCUACCCAUGCAUGACUGGGCGGCCCAGCCCAUCAUUGGCACAUCAGCAUGCUUCAAUCCGACUAUUGGAGCGCCAGACUACGGUCCCCAUCCGUACUUCCGCCAACAAUACCCAGGCGAUCCAGUCGUCAGUCAGUCUAUGAUGCGCUACUCAGAGUUGCCUCGCGACCAUACUGCUCCAGUCUACUACAACGCGAAUAUGAACACGAGGAAUAGUCAAAGUCCGGUAUACCACGAAGCUACAGUGUGGCCUAUCACUCCGCAAUCGCAAAUUAGUACCCCUGUGCGAUAUCCGAAGCAGGAACCACACACUCACAGCCCCACGUGGGAACAGUCGCUUUCGCCCUCGGGGACAACACUGUCUCAUCGUUCGUUGGCAGUUGACCAGAGACUCGGCGACUUGGGAAUUGGGGGCGAAAGCCACGAACAAGAUGGGCGAUCCCCAUCAGCAGAUGUUUCGGAGCCUGAAACCUGUCACCGAGGGUCCGUUGAAAGAUCCCCAUCUUUAGAUUCUCUUUCUCUAGAACUAGGGCUGUUGUGUGAAAUCUGCGGUAGAAAAUUCACCAGACGCGCAAAUUGUCGAGAACACACCAGGCGACAUGAUCCGAAACAGAGGACAAUUGUUUCCUGCAAGGACUGUGGAAAGACUUUUGGGCGGAAGACGGAUUUGAAACGGCAUUAUUCUACGGUUCAUGAUGGAGAGAAAAGGUUUUCAUGCGAACGAUGUGGUCGAGCUUAUAGUCGGAUGGACACUCUACACCGACACAAUAAAACCGGCUGUUCAAGACGGAAGCGCAGGUCACCAUCCGCCGAGAAUAGCGACAAAUUCAAACAGGUUCAACGCCGGACUUGA